GUUUCUGGUGCUUAUGCAACUAUUGAUUUUGGUACCUCAACUAAUGUAACGAGUAAUUUCGAAUUAAUGAGAAAAUAUCAACCAAGUGGACCUCUUGUUAACUCGGAAUUUUAUUCUGGCUGGUUAACACAUUGGGAAGAAUCAUUUCAAACAGUACAAACUGAAAUUUUUAUUAAAACGUUGAAACAGAUGUUAUUUUUAAAUGCUUCUAUUAAUAUUUAUAUGUUUUAUGGUGGUACAAAUUUCGGAUUUACUGCAGGUGCCAAUGGAGGUGAUAAAUAUUGGCCUCAAAUAACAUCAUAUGAUUACAACGCACCUUUAACAGAAGCCGGUGAUCCAACAGAUAAAUAUUUUGCAAUACGCGAUACACUUGCUCAGUUUUUUUUAAUGCCAAAUUUAACGUUGCCAACGGUAUCGCCAAAAGGUAAUUAUGGGUCAAUUUUUCUAGAACCAAUAUUACGGCUUUUUGAUAAUAAAGCAAGAAAUUUAUUUGCAUCUACUACUAUUAUUAAUUCAAUAUCGCCAUUGACUUUUGAAAAAUUACAAUUAUCUCAUGGAUUUAUUAUUUAUGAAACUGAAUAUAAUACUGAAAAUAAAGAUCCCUCAACACUUAAAGCUGAUGUUGCUGAUCGUGGACUCGUUUAUGUUAAUAAUUAUCUUUCUGGUUGCUUAAGCCGUACAUUAAAAAUAAAUAAUGUUGUUUUACAAAAUCCGUAUGGAAAAUAUUUAAAAAUACUGGUUGAAAAUCAAGGACAUCUUAAUUAUGGAGAUAUUAUACAAGAUUGGAAGGGUAUUUUUAAUGUCACAAUAAAUAAUAAUCAAGUUAUUAAUUGGAAUAUAACUGGAUUUUCAAUGGAUACUAUGCCAUCAUUUAAAAAUUUAACAAAUAUUAAAGUUGAUACCGGAAAUUUAGUAAAUGGCCCUAUUUUUCUUCGUUCAAUAUUUACAAUUAAAAAUAAUCCACCAUUAGAUACUUAUUUAAAUACUGCUGGUUGGGGCAAAGGUAUUAUUUUUAUAAAUGGACAUAAUCUUGGACGAUAUUGGCCAAAAACUGGCCCUCAAAUUACCCUCUACGUACCUGGAGUAUUUUUAAAUACUGGCGAAAAUGAAUUAAUUGUCUUGGAAUUAGAAUAUUUAGCAGAUAAUAUGAAAAUGAAAUUUCAAACGACUCCCGAUUUUGGAUUAACUCAAAAUAUUAAACUUGAUAAUAGUUAUAUUCAUUAA